UUAAAACAUAUUUACAUAUAUUCAAAUAUUUGUGGGAACAAAAGUUAAUUUACUCGAAAUUAUUAGUAAUGUGGGGACGUGGCUAAGUUGACCUCAGAGUUGAGCAAGAAAAAUUUUUGUCCGCAAAACCCUUUUAAAAUGGAGCUUACUGGCUGGGUUAAGACCUAUGAUUGGGGCAAGCAAGGAAUUAAUUCAGCGGUUGCCCAAUUGGCAAUGGCCAACGAUCCUGACUUUGUGCUGAAUGAUGAGGAAACCUACGCUGAAAUGUGGAUGGGAACCCAUUUCUGUGGAGUUUCCAUUGUCAAGGAGACGGGCGAAACCCUUGAUCGUGUGCUAAAGAAAGACCUGCCAUAUCUUUUCAAGGUGCUCAGCAUAAGGAAGGCACUCAGCAUACAGGUGCAUCCCAAUAAAUGCGAGGCAGAGCGUCUGCACAAGGAGCGUCCAGAGAUCUACAAAGAUGAUAAUCAUAAGCCGGAGCUUAGCAUAGCCAUAACGCCUUUCUUAGCUUUGGUUGGAUUCCAACCAGUCGAUGAUAUCGUUGAUUAUAUCGAUGAGUUCCAGCCUCUAACGAAGCUUAUUGGUCAGGAGGCGGUAAUGGAACUGCAUGAAAAGCGAAACUCGGAGGCAUUAAAGAAUUGUUAUGAGAUCAUGAUGAAAGCCGAUGAAAAGGACAUUGCCAAGUGCAUUAAAGAUAUCGCCAAGAACUAUAAAACAGAGCUGAAGCGCAAUGAAUUGCUGGAUAUAUUUAACAAAAUUAACCAGGACUUUCCUGAUGACGUGGGCACAUUAUGUCUAUUCUUUUUGAAUUUGGUGCGUCUACAGCCUGGUCAGGCUAUCUACUUGGGUGCCAAUGAGAUUCACGCUUAUUUGGAUGGCGAAUGUGUCGAGUGCAUGGCCUGUUCCGAUAAUGUGAUUCGAGCCGGACUCACACCCAAAUACAAGGAUGUUGAACAGCUUGUUUCCUCCGUGAUAUUCGAUGGAUCAGCCCCACACUCUAAGCUCUUUAUGCCGUUUCGUAUCGAUGACACAGUACAGGUGUUUGUCCCACCUGUUGAUGACUUUGCUGUUAUGCAUGUGAACAUAAAGCACAUCGUGGAUUCAUACAAGCUUCAGAUACAGGCAUAUGGAUCUAUUCUCCUGACAUUGACGGGCUCACGUAUUCUGAAACUGAAAACCAAUCAGGGUCCCAAGGAAAUAGCUUUGUCCCGCGGAAGCAUCGUUUACAUUCCAGUCGAAGCUGCACCGGAAAUUGAAUUUCUACAUGCUGAAGAUUGUGGCGAAGAUUUCACAGCUUACAUUGCUACUUAUAAUUAUUUCAGAAAGGCUUAGAAAAGAAUAAAACAAAACUUUUCUCAUGGUGGU